AAGGAUUACGGUUCAAGAUCACGUUGGCAAAGUGACACCCCGCCAAGAUGGUGAAGGUGAAAACUUAUGAAUUGCGGUCAAAGACUUCGAAAGAGUUGCUGAAGGAACUUGAUGAUAUGAAGUCUGAACUGGCCCAGCUGCGGGUUGCAAAGGUGUCUGGAGGAGCAGCAUCAAAACUUGCCAAAAUCAAGGUUGUCAGGAAGAACAUUGCGCGCAUCUUGACUGUGUACAACACCAAACAGAAGGCGGAAGCAAGGAAACAGUACUCAGGCAAAAAGUAUGUGCCUUUGGAUUUGCGCCCAAAGAAGACCAAGAAGAUCCGUCAAGCGCUGAAGGCGGAGCAGAAGUAUGCGAAGACUGCCCGAACGAAGAAACGUGAAAGCAACUUUCCAAUGAGACGAUUCGCCGUCAGCAUGUGAACUCCGAUGACCAAGAUGGGGUUGGCCAGAUCUUGCAACCAAAAA